AUGAAGGGCGAUCCAGAGAUGAUCAGACUAUACACAGUUGGUAGAGAGCGCUCUGACUCCCAGCUGAAGCUGCCAAACGACCGGCUUUGUCAGCAGAACUUUCAGGCACAGAGCCCUAUACACUCUCUGGCCCAGAGCCAUUACUCCAAAGGCUUGGAACAGCCCUUUGGCCCAGUGCGCGACUGGCUGUGCGCCGUCGAGGGCGAGCGCAGCGCCCUGAGCUCCGCCUCCGGGCCCGACAGCGGCAUCGAGAGCGCUUCAGCCGAGGAGCAGGCCACGCAGGGGCCCGGCGGGCCCACGGUGGCCAAGGGCCAGGACGAGGAAGGGGCAAUGCAGCUGCUUGCCCUGCAGAGCCAGGUGGCCCGGCUGGAGGAGGAGAACCGAGACUUUCUGGCUGCGCUGGAGGACGCCAUGGAGCAGUACAAACUGCAGAGCGACCGGCUGCGGGAGCAGCAGCAGGAGAUGGCAGAGCUGCGGCUGCGGCUAGAACUGGUGCGGCCCGGCUGGGGGGCCCCAGGGCUCCUGCAGGGCCUGCCUCCCGGGUCCUUUGUGCCCCGACCUCACACAGCCCCCCUGGGGGGUGCCCACAGCCACGCGCUGGGCAUGGUGCCCCCUGCCUGCCUUCCUGGAGAUGAAGUUGGCCCCGAGAACUGGGGAGAGGAGGUGACAAAUGGCAGAGAGGCUAGAGCCACGGCGGAGGCAGACAGGCCCGGCAGCGGCUCUUCAGCUGCCUCGGACGAGGAGGAGGAGGAGCCCCCCCAGCGGACCCUGCACCUGCGCAGAAACGGGAUCAGCAAGUGGAGCCAGAGGGUGGGGGCCUGCCCAGGGAGUCCACUCGACAAGAAGGGCCCAGAGCUUCACCUUGAGGAACUGGGUGCAGCCAUCCCGGGGCCCAGAGUCGUUGGUGGGAGCAAGGCCCUGGCUCGACCCCGUCAGACCCCCGCUGCCAUGGCUUCUGAGUGGCGGCUGGCGCAAGCCCAACAGAAGAUCCGAGAACUGGCCAUCAACAUCCGCAUGAAGGAGGAGCUCAUUGGCGAGCUGGUCCGCACAGGGAAGGCGGCCCAGGCCCUCAACCGCCAGCACAGCGAGCAUAUUCAGGAGCUGGAGCGGGAUGCAGAACAGGUGCGGGCUGAGCUGAGUGAAAGCCAGAGACAGCUGCGGGAGCUCGAGGGCAAGGAGCCUCAGGACGCCGGAGAGCGGUCCCAGCUCCAGGAGUUCCGCAAGAGGGUCGCUGCUGCCCAGAGCCAAGUGCAGGUCAGUGUUGGGAUCCCGGGGUGGCGGCUGGAGUCCUGGGAUCAAGACACGUGGGUCCCAGGGCCCACGUUCACUGGAACCUGUGGAUGUUCAGGGCCUUGUGCCCCCAGCUUCUAG